UAGUGCAAUUUUGUUUCAUCAAAAGAAGCAAUAGAGGGUCUAGAGCCUUCAACCAGUAAAGCAAGACCUAGUUCAUAAAAACAUACCAGUAAAACAUUUCAAGAUAUAGUCUUCAGAAAAUUACGAUAGUACUUUUGUCAACUGUCCAUUCCAUAUUGGGUUGUGCGUGAAUAAAACCUAAAAAAAUAACCAAUCAAACAUACAUACAUAUAUGUCGGAGGAUUUGAAAUGUUUGAUCCAGGAUGAGCUGGCAAAAUCUGUCCUCACCUGUUGUAAGAAGUUUAUCCCAACACGCUAUGAAGCAGAAAUCGAUGGUAUUGUUUGUGUCAGUCUUGGGAAACAAAAACCAGUGGAUAUUGUGGUGAAAAUUCACAAUAAGACAUUCCAUGAGGGCUCAAAUGCUGUGGUAUCUCAAUCAGGUGUCAGUAACUUGAGUAAUUUGUUGAAUGCAAAAGGAAACUCGUCAGGGAGUACAAGCGUUACGAUUGCCCCAUCUACAUUGACCUCCAGUGAGCUUGCAAAUAUGAAAUCAAUAAGCGGCUCUAAACUAGUCCAAGUUAAACUCAAUGCACAAGAUCCAGUCGCCAAAGAGCUUGCUGCAAGUGGGAAAUGCUCGUUUGGGGCACUCAAAGCUGCACUUGCUGCUGGGAAAGACAAAAAUUCUGAGGGCAAGAUAUCAAAUUAUGGAAACGAGAUGAAAAAUGAACCUUUGUUAGGUUUUUCUGAUGAAACAGAAUCAAGUUCUAUGGAUGCGAAUAACAUAGCUAGUCAAGUCUUAAAGAAAAUGGUGGAAAAAUCACUGAAACAAGAUGAUGCCCAGGCUAUAACGGAAUCUUCUGACCUGGGAAUGCCUAUAAUUAAUGAGCAAUUGAAAUCUUUAGGCCAAUAUGUAUGUAACCAUGCCAACUGUGGCAUUCUUCAGUUCCGCACAGUGGAUGGCUACUGUGCACACAUGAAGUCCACACACAUGAGCUAUGUGUGUAAGUUCUGUGUGCGUGUCUUUAAGAGCUCCUAUAACUACACUAGCCACAUGAAGUUGCAUAGUCGUCUAGAAGAGUCCCUUGCCAAGGCUAAAGAUAUGAAACUUAAUUGCCCAACCAUAAAAACCUUGGGAAGUACAGGUGCCACCAGCACUACAACUUCUACAACAAAGCAAUCACAAGCAGGGGUCAAAUACAGAUGUGGAAUAUGCGAUAAAAAGUGCAAUUUUAAAGGAAGCAUUUAUUACCAUUUUAAGAAAUAUCAUGGAGCAACGAGUGCUUCCAUAAACUACUGUGGAAAAUGUGGACUGUAUCUGUUAGAUAAAGCCCAGAUGAACAUACACAGGAAGUCCUGUGAGGGUGAGGCCAAUUUAGGCGAGGCUUACAGUGAGACGGAGGCAAUGGGAGAUGAAGGCCCAUACACAUGCUCUCACCAAAAUUGCAAAAUUGAGUGUGCUUCAAUUUUGGAACUGCGAGAGCACAUUUUCAAGAAGCAUACAAACAUGCCCCGUUACAACUGUAAAGUAUGUAAUAAGUACAUCGAGGAUGAGAAUGAGUUUAAAAGCCAUUUCAACACACACAGAAUCAAAGGUCAGACAGGUGCUCUGGAAUGCUGCUUUUGUGGGCAGAGCAAGGACAGCAUUCCCAACCUCAUUCUUCACCAGCAAUCCUGCAUGGGCAAUUGUGCCAAAUCAGACAGCCCUGAAUCUGGAAAUGCUGCCAAUGAUGAACUAAUUGAACCCCUGGAGGAUAUUGGAGAUGAGGAUAUGAGCCAGACUGCCAUUGUGUACCCUGAACCAUGCGAUGAUGACCCAGCUGCCAAGAAGCAGAAGAUGGAGGAUGAUACCAUGGAGCUGUUCUAUGGAAAUCAAGGAGAGAACUCAGGUGAAGAAAAUGAAGACUCCCCUUUCCAGAUCCAGUCAGUAUUUUCCCUCGGGGGUAACGUCCAGGCGACAAAUCUUGAUUUCCAGUCUAAGGGAGGGCGAGCCCAAACAAACAUGAAUGAAGGCCCUUCUAAUGCCAGCAUGAUUGUAUUCCCUGGCCAAGACAUGAUUAAUUACGAUUUGAGCUUGGAUAAUUUUGAGCAGGAAGAUGAACAGGAACCGAUAGAUGAUGACACUUCGCUUACUUACAGCCCCCGUUCUUCUAGAUCUAGAAAGGGGAGCCCCAAAGCGAAGGGGGCUGCAAAAAGAAAGUUACGUGAUAUCCUCCCAAGACCAAAGAAUUCAAAGCGUGAGAUCCAACCUCUUGAUGAUAUCGAAUCUAAAGCCAGUUACACAUGCGAUCUGUGUGAUAUCAGCAUGAAGAAUUUUCAAGAUUUUAACUGUCAUGUAGUAAUGACGCAUCGUAAAGUUGUGUGCAAAUUUUGUGCUCGGACAUUUGCAAGCCAGCGAAACCUACGACGUCACGAGCGAGGUCACACAGGAGAGAAACCAUAUAAAUGCAAAAUCUGCGGAAAAUCAUUCACUCGGGAUGAUAAACUGAAGCGCCAUCUGCAGCAACAUGACGAUAACAAAAUUGUGAAUUAUCACUGCAAAUAUUGCGACCAGACUUUCUCGAGAGUAACCGACUCAUUAAAGCAUCUGCAGAUGGCACAUAAAACUAAAAUAAACACGCCAAAUGGUGCAAACUUUGAGGAACAUUUUAAAACCAUUGAAUGUAUGGAUGUAAAUGGCACAACAGGGGAGAAAGAUAUUGUAGAGGAUCCAAAUGUAUCCAAAGAUGAUUCAUUUGCGAUGGAAGGAGAUGAUGGUGCCAAAAAGGAUGUUGAUGACACAAAUAGUGCUGAUGUCACAAAUGGGACUGGUGCCACAAAUGAGGCUGAUGUCAUGAAUCAAGAUGAAACUCCCAAACAGGAAGAUGUUUAGUAGAUCACCAAAUUCCUAUUCAACAUUGAUUAAAUUUGUAGUUUAGAAAUCAUUAAUUAAUAAUGCAGAGAAAUUGUGGCAAUUUGCAUUUCUUCAUUAUUUACUAAUUUUCUAUGUUGUACAUUAGAUGUGCUUGUAAAAGAAUGUCUGUGUUUUUGUGUUUCUGUUACAUGUCUUUAUGGAGAAGCUACUAUAGAAAUGCUGAAUUUUAUGUAUUUUCGUGCAAUACAAAAUGUAUUCUUGGUUAUAAAGAUAUGAUAACCACAACGUUUCGUGAAUUUUGGAAAGUUACCCAAAGUUGAAGAUCUAAUAAGACUUAUUGUGCAUUUAAUUGAACAGUUUUCUAAUAUGUUGUUUGUUUGUAAUCAGUGAAAUGCAAUACCAGCUCAUUCAAUAAGUUUGUGGAAAACUCCCUGUCAUUUUAUCAUAGCAGCCAUACAAAUAAAAGAAACUAAUGAUUCCUGAAUCUAAAAUCAUAUAUUUUUAGUGUUAUGUAAAUAUUUCAUUGAAGUAACUCAAAAUUCUUACUUGUACCUGUUUACAAUUAAAUAUUUACACUAAGAAUGUGUGCAAAAUGUAAAAUCCUAAAUAGGGUGGAAAAAGUGAAAUGAGCAAGUAAACAGCCAUGUAUAGAGUAAAUUCUGACAGUUCAUAAUACAUUGUAUAUAGAAGUGCCAGCCAUCCAAACUAAGUUGUUAAUUUCAGAGAGAAUUGUUUAAAACUGAAAAAUUCAUUAAACUAGUGAAAAGUGUAGUAUAUGUUAAAAGCUUAGAUAAAUAAUAUGUAUGUACAUAUAUGUUAUAUAUUGAAUUACUCUUUCAUGCUCUUCUACACAGCAUUACAGAUAUAUAUCUACUAGUAAU